AUGAACGGGAAUGGAGCUGGCGCCAAUGGUGCGCCGGGCGCUCCAGAAUCAGGCUUCAUGUUUGGAUCGAACACCGAUAUGUCUCAUAGGAGAAACGACAGCAAUCUCUCCGUCCAUAGCUUCAUGGGACCCACGGACGAUGUUGGCAUGAACCACCUCAUGUGGAUGACUGAAGAGAUGCAAAAACAAACGACGCCGGCAAAUCAGGGCGCCUUCAGUACCGCGGCUAGCAUGCAGUCGCCCACAGCUGAUCCCAUGCCAUGGGACUUUGACGACUCGAUUCAGUUCGACUUCAACGACCUGGGAUCGAUGGCCCCGGGGUCCCAUCAACCACAGUACCAGCAGAAUGCUGGCAUGAGCGCCGGACCAUCCACCUACACUACUGGCUCAUCCUCCAUAACGACGCCUCGCUCACAGACUCACAUGUCGCCAGCCCUGACUGCAAGCCGCCGUGGGAGUUCAAUCUCAACCAUGGGAAUGAUGCAACCAUCCAUGUGCAGCAGUCCGUGUGAGCUUGGCGACCAGUGCGAUCGAGCAGAUAAAUGCAGCAUGAACGACGAGUGCGAUGGGCUAGAUUGUGACCUCACUGAGACCUGCGAUCUUGAAGCCUGCGGCAUGGAUGGCCAUUGCGACGACAUGAACUGCGCCCAGCAGGAUCACUGCUCCGCUCCAGACUGCAGCGAGGCACUCACCUGUGAUGAGGCUCAAGCUGCCCUUGCACUAUGCUAUGUAACGCGAGGGCAUGAUCAGGUAUCCCAGCUGCCUAAUCAGGCCUAUCAACCGCAGUACCAAGGUUACCCCCAGCAAAUGCAGCAGCAAACUUCACCUGGCUAUGCAUACUAUGGCAGCCAAGCCUACGGACAGCAGUCUCAGCAUGCACAGAUUCAUCAACAGCAACUUCAGCAGCAGCAGCAGCAGCAACAACAACAACAACGGCGCGAACAGAAGCGGCUUCAGGACCAACAGACUCGGCAACAGGAUCUUCAACGACUCCAAGAACAACAGCAUUUUUCAGAGACUUACAGACAAGCCUAUGAAGGAGAACUUCUACGAAUACAACAAAGCCAAUCGCGGCAUAGCUCAUCACAGGCGCCAGAUAACGUGAUUGCAGCAGCAACGGUUUCAUCGCUUCAGAAUAUCGACUUUCUCAACCUCGAAACACAUCAACGCCAUGCAACAGCCCAACCCAGUCAUGUCUUCCAACACAUCCUUGAAUACCACAGAGAUCCGCAAAAGCCAUCAUGUCAGGGUUCCUGUAUCGUCGAUCAACCGGGUAACUUCGUAUUCUGCCCAUUCAGCUGUGUGACGGAACAUCCGCAACUUCACAAUCCCGGCAUCACAGAUACAACAUUGUCACAGCCAUUCUUCGACGACCUGUUCCCAGGCUUAGCUAACAUCCCCGAUUCGAUGAAGUCCUGUCACGGGCAGGGCUACGCUAGCGCGGAGCAACUCAUUUCACAUAUGCAUACCUGUCACAACACGAUUCUAUCCCAAUAUCUCCAAGGAAAUACAACACCACUCAUCCCUCACUCGCAAGAUCCAUCUCAGCUUCAACAGUAUUCACCCACAAGCCCCUCGAACGUGGCGCAAUACAUGCAAUUUCAGAAUCUGCCAGAAGCCAUUCCUGCGCAUGGUUCUUCGCCGAUCACAACCACUCAGACUCUCCAGGCUAAUGUAAUGACACUGACGCCGCCGCUUACCGAUCAAAGCAUAUCCUCACCCAAGGAUGGGAACCAGAUCACGGAUCCGGUCGCGGAGCAACCUGCUCACCCGCACACCUGUCUCUGGCUUAACGACAUGGGGAUCCAAUGCGGACACAUCUUUGAAGACGCUUCACAGCUCAACCGACACGUCAUCGAGGAUCAUCUCACGUGCAUCCAGAAAGAAGAAAACGAGUACAUAUGUCGCUGGAUGGGCUGCAAGAGGCAAUCCAAGGCCGAAAAAAGAGGCUUUCCUCAAAAGAGCAAGAUCGAGCGGCAUUUACAGACUCAUACCGGUGACCGUCCAUUUUCUUGCCCCUAUUGCCCGGAUAUGUUUUCAGCAAAGCAGGCUCUUGAGCAGCAUAUCCUCAUUCACAAAAAGGAGAAACCUCUCAAGUGCAACUUUCCGGGAUGCAACAAGAGUUUCCGGCAGCAAAGCGCAAGAACCAUGCACAUGCGUGUCCACACCAAAGAAAGGCCUCUCAAAUGUAACCUUUGUGAUCGAACGUUCAGCGAGUCAUCAAACCUGGCCAAGCAUCGCAGGACGCACGCCGCCGAGGGGUCCUUCCACUGCGAGUUUCCAGAGUGCAAGAAGACUUUCCACCGCCAGGAUCAGCUGCGAAGACAUCUCAAAACCCAUGCUAAGAGGGCGGCCCGCCAGGCCAGCGUCAGUCAGACCAGCGACAGCCCGCCGCAGUCUGAGGAGCCGGAGCCGCAGCUAUAA